CCUGACGAAACUUUCUGCCCAACCAUUAGAACAGGAGUACCCAGGAGCAGUGGACGGAUGUCUGUAACUUAUACACUUCAGCUAGGUACUGACUGUGUCUGCAGCAAAACGAGAUCCAUUAUCAGUCACUAAUCCAUAAAGACCCUCUCUUGACUGAAAACGUUUCUUAAUACUUGGAUCGUGAGGUCAGAAUUCGAUUAAUUUGAGAAAUAAAACUUGGGUCAAUCAGGAAAAGAAUGAAUGACAACAAGUGCAUAGUGUCUGUCGAGAAAUGGAUCAUACUAGUCCGCAUGAAUUCUCUGCCAUGCCUCAGACGAUACUGGUCAUAAAGUUCACUUCAAAGGGGACCUCCUAUAAGAAUGAAAUUCACUGCAACAACAUUCAUACGAGAAAUUCAAGUUAAACAUCAUAGUCAAUUUGAAAAUCUACUAACAAGUUACAAUUUAAUGAUACCAGAUAAUAGUUACUUCACAGAAGAUAAACAAUUACUUCAUUCAAAUUCAAUUGCUAAGCAUUUAUCAUUGAUUAAUCGAAAUUGUUCACGUGAUGCGGAAUGUUCCAUUUCAUUAAUAAAAAUUCCUGAUGAAAGUUCUAAAGAAAUUGACGAACCGAAUAUGAGAAACAGAAUAAAUCCUAUUAACCUAAGUAUUACAUCAUCAUUAUCUGUAAUGAAUCCAUAUAAACAUGAUUAUGGACAAAUUAUUUACCCAGCUGAUAGAUUGAAAUUAUCAAACUUACAAAUUAUUGUUAAAGAUGAAGAGAUGGAUUCGGUGGAAAAUGAUGCUGAUUUUUAG